AUGUUCGAGAUCGUAACUAACAUCUUUAAUGGGAUCAAGUGGACAACCUUUAUAAUCCUUAAAGAUGAGAGUGAAACGAUUAAGAGCUUCAAGGAUCCCGGUACUUUUAUAUCCGGCGCCUUGGCGGGAGGUCUCGCUCGGUCGUGCGUGAUUUCCAUCGACAAAGGUGGCCCCAAGGGCACCGUGCAGUCCGUCUGCCGUCGGAUGCCGCAGUUAGGUUUUUUGAUGAUGUUCUACGCCACUCCGGCGUCUCAUAUGCUGCCUGGCUUAGAGGAAACCCCUUUUACAAAGAUGGUUACCACCUUUCUGGUAGCGGCCUGUGCUGGAUUUAAUAUGCGCUUCGUGUGCAACCCUAUUUCUCGUGUCGCGGAUGAGUCUCUGCGCACCGGGAAGUCCUGGCUUCAGGUUGCUCGUAUCCUCAACGGCAAGACGAUCCUGCAGUUCUGGUAUACCGGGCCGAAUUUCUUUGCCAACGCUCUCUACUACGGGAUGUUGCUCACCGUCUUUGAGGGUCUGCGGCGCUUUUCUGAGAGGAACUUCUUCCCCAUUCAAAGAGGUGUAGGGGGCUCUUCGCGGGCGGCAAUCACCUCAGGCGAUCAUUCUCAAGUCGGAUCCUCUCCAACAGCUUCUUCUAGCAGACCCCCUCAACAAUAUGGCUCUGAUAUUUACAUGCGUACGGCGCUUACGAAUUUCUUUAUCGGUGGCGUAUCCGCUGGGGUUGCAUCUACGCUGUGCUAUCCGUAUAGCGCGCACCGCUACCUGCAAACUGUGAUCUACGACUCAGCUAUUUGCCGUGGUCUAGGGCAAACGCUCGCGAAGGAGGUGCCUAUGAUGGCGGUCUUUUUUGGAACCUUCUCGUUAUUGCAGCCAAUUUUCGCGCCCCAUCAUGGCGUACGCUGUGGAUUUGGCUAUUGA